GUCAGCUGCGUCGGCAUCUGCAGAUGCUUCUUCAACCGUAUACGGCACUGCUCCUCCUGCCGACCUAGGACGAGUGAGUGGUCGUCCGGUUAUAAUCUUUACAUGGUUUUGAUGGCGCUUGCGGAUUAUCAUUCUCAGACUGCCAUUGCAUCUGGGAUACCGAUCGCAUCGGGUGCGCAGGACGGGCCAGUCCCGCCAUCCGCAAGUACGAGCAUUGGUGGAUAUGCCGGAGAGAGGGAUGGAAAACAAUACACCCUGCACAUCGAGCAGUCGCCCAACAGGGCCAGGGUGUGUGCCUUUGGAGACAAGGACCGACGUCCGCUAAGCCCGGCCCUCGUCGUCAAGUUGACGGUAAGAGCUACCGCAUCGGGGUCCGAACUGAAUCCCACGAGCUUCGACACGUCCCUCUUCGUUCUGACAGCGGAUCUGGUUGACGCUACCACAUUGGCCCCUCGGUCGCUCUUCAUCACACGCGCGGCUGCCUUGCUGGACAGCAAUCCAAGCGCCUCACCUCGGGGUGGCGCUGGUGGUUCCUCAUCUGCAGGCGCACCGUCGAAUGCGCUGAUGACAACCUCGAGCGUCACGCGCAACUUGAUCGGAAACCCGGUCUGCAGUGCCAACACAGCUCGUAAUCUGCAGGAGGAGCUGUGCAUUUUCUUCGUGAUGCAAGACAUCAGUGUCCGCAUGGAAGGGGAGUACCGCUUGAAGCUGUCUUUCACCAGCUUAGAUGCCGCCGGACGCAUAAGCGAAGGCAUGUCUCUCAUGCUGGCUGAAAUUUACACCGCUCCGUUUACUUGCUAUCCUCCGCGCAAAUUCCCAGGGCAGGUAGCUCCGACGCCAUUGUCGCGCAAGCUCGCAAGCCAAGGCAUCAAGCUAGCUAUCCGUACGGAUCACAAGAAAUCCGCAGGCGUCGCAGCGGGCGCCGAUGAUGAGGAAGAUGAUUGACAAAGUCCAGUAAACAUGUGACUCCAAUACCCAAUUGUGCUUUUGCAUAUGCACAUGCAUAUGCAUAUGUAUCAAGAACAACAACACUAA